AUGUUCUCUCGAUCUCUCAAUCGUUGUGCCACCUCUUCAUUCCGUCAAGCACGAAUCACUCCCCUCGCAACGCGCAGAACAUUCUCGUCAACUCCCGCAAUCAUGGUCAAGGAAGGCGACUCCAUCCCUAACGUUGACCUCUUCGAGGACUCUCCUGGCAACAAGGUCAACUUGUCUCAAGAGCUGGCCUCCGGCAAAGGCGUCAUCAUUGGUGUCCCUGCGGCCUUCUCUCCCUCAUGCUCCGAGCAGCACAUUCCUGGCUACAUUGCAAGUGACAAGCUCAAGAGUGCUGGAAAGGUGUUUGUCAUCUCGGUCAACGAUGCGUUUGUCAUGAAAGCCUGGUCCAAGGAUCUCGACUCGUCCAAGGCCAGCGGCAUCCGCUUCCUUGCUGACCCGGCUGGCGAGUUCACCAAGGCUUGGGAUGUCGAGUUUGACGCAACGCCGCUCCUAGGAAACAAGAGAAGCAAGCGCUAUGCUGUUGUCACUGAGGACGGCAAGGUCACCAAGGUCGGCCUCGAGGAGGAUCCAACCAAGGUCACUGGUGAGUCCUGA